AUGGAAAAUGACAACGACAAUGAGAGACGCUUGAUGAUUCCUUCUUCGCCAAUUCUCUCUUCCUUCGAUCCUGCUUGUCAUCUCAACUCCGAAGAUUUACCAAUAACAGCCAAUCCGCCCUCCGAAUCCUUCUCCGACGACCUUGAAGCAAUCCACCUUGCGCGCGCAGAUCUAACCCGCAACAAAGUUGUGAUCCAACACCGAGCGUGGAAUUUGUCCGAUGUAUUUCGCAGUGACGACGAUUUAAGACUUGAUACUACUCCGACAAAGCCCUCCCUCCGCACCCCGCGAGGUCCUCCACGCACGCCGACCAGGAAUUCGGCACUAUUUACAUCCUCACCUCCUAUAUUCAAAAUGCCAUUCAUUUCGCCACUCGGGACCUCCGUCCGUGAGAAUGCGGCGGGUGAUUCUCAGAAGCGAAAGGCAGGCGAAGUGGACGAGAGCCCACAAGCCGAACCCAAGCGACAGAAGUUUGUGGGAGGAUUCGUCGAUGAUGACGAAGAUGAAGAAGAUGACGAUCUUGCUGCUCUCAGGGACGAGCAGCUAAAGACGCAAUUCGACUUGCCAGAGAACCCCGAACUAGGUCUACCCGGAAUAUUAGAUCAACCACAUCAACUAUCGUCCCUAUCUCAAACGAAUGACACCACGUCCAAAGCCCCUCAACCUCAACCUCAGUCUCAGAUUCAACCCCAGAUGACCAUUCGACCCGCCCCUGCACCCCCAGUGAGAUUCCAGAUUAAGACUUGCUCAGGCAAGAUGCACCAUGUUUCCUCGAAGAAGGCCUCUACUCCUCUUUCCUAUGAGCGCAUGAUUGCUGGCCGAUCUGAGACGGAAGCAGGACGAGCAACGAAGAGCUACUAUGGAAUUGAAAUACACAAACUGCUGGACGAUGCUGCGAAGGAGGCCAAAGCGAAAGCUUCCAAGCCAGCAUCCGCGCCCCCGGUACAACCCUCUAUAGAAAAGCACGAGGGCGAUGCGAAGCAAAAGAAGUAUGAUUCCAUGAUGUGGACAGAGAAGUACCGUGCUAGAAAGUUCACCGAUCUUAUUGGAGACGAGCGCACACACCGAGCUGUCCUCCGCUGGCUAAAGGGAUGGGAGCCGAUUGUCUUUCCAGGCCUAUCGAAGUCUCGUCCAAAGAAAGGCCAAGAGGAAGAUGAAGAGCGCAUUCAUCGAAAAGUACUUUUGUUAAGUGGUCCACCUGGUCUUGGAAAGACGACCUUGGCCCAUGUCUGUGCCAAACAGGCGGGCUACGAGGUGCUGGAGAUCAAUGCCAGUGACGAACGCAGUAGGGAUGUGGUUAAGGGCCGCAUUCGCGAUGCGUUGGCCACGGAGAACGUGAAGGGCGCAAAUGUGGAAGUUGGCGAGAAUAAGGUCCGUCGGGCUGCGAGGCCUGUCUGUGUCGUUGUCGAUGAAGUCGACGGCGUUGUUGGCGGAGCCGGAAGUGGCGGCGAGGGUGGUUUCAUGAAAGCCCUAAUCGACCUCGUCAUGCUUGACCAGCGGAAUUCAAAUAAGACUGAAGAAAACAGAGGCAAGAAGCGCAAGGGUGAUAACUUCCGCUUCCUUCGGCCCUUGAUCUUAGUCUGCAAUGAUCUUUACCACCCCAGUCUCCGUCCUUUGCGAGCGUCAUCUAUCGCGGAGAUGAUUCAUGUUCGACAGGCUCCAUUGGAUAAUGUCGUUCAACGAGUGAAAAGUAUUUUCACCCGCGAAGGAAUCCCCUGUGAUGGCGAUGGAGCCCGACGACUUUGCGAAGCAGCCUGGGGAUUAGCGAGUCGAAGAAAGCGCGGUGACAAAAAUACCGGAUCUGCCGAGGGUGAUAUCCGCAGCGUGCUGGUAGCCGCAGAAUGGGUUGCCCACAAGUUACGGAAUGAGCGCCCAACAGCGUUGCGACUAACCCGAAAUUGGCUAGAACAACGAGUUCUCAGUGCGUCGACAGAGGGUGGUUCAUUCUUCAAAGAAAUGAGCCGUGGAGGUGUCCGCGAGAUUGUCAACCGCGUCUUCACUGAAGGUGCAGGCUUUACGGAUACCCCCAUGGGACUGACCUUCCAAGAUAAGUACGACGGACCGAACACACGGGUUCCUGUUGGUGUAGCCGAUCUACGCAAGAGACACGCCAUCAACCGCCUGCGAGAGAUGGUGGACUCUAGCGGCGACCAUGACCGAUGUGUUAACGACUGUUUUGCCGCAUAUCCCAUCCAACAGUACCAGGACGACACCUUUCUUUCCAAGCCCAGUGCUGCUUAUGAAUGGCUCCACUUCCACGACACAAUCUCUUCGAAGGUUCAUUCGCAGCAAGAAUGGGAAUUGGGCCCGUACCUGAGCCAGUCUGUAUUGGCUUUCCACCAUCUCUUCGCCUCUGCUGGGGGCAAGACCGAGGCCACCGAAAAAGAUGAAGACGAUGAGGAUGCCGAGGAAGAACACCCUUUUUCCGGCCCCCGAGCCGAUUUCGCCGCCUUCGAAGCAAUGAAAGCAAACCGCGCAAUCUUGAACGGCUUCCACACUUCAUUCUCAGCACCCAUAACCCGCAUUUUCCGAUCCUCUGAAUCUGUCAUCACCGACCUAGUCCCACACCUAGUCCGCAUGCUCUCGCCAGACGUGAAACCAGUCAUCGUCCGAACAGGCGGCGACAACAAAAGCACAGCCAGCGUCCGCAAGGAGUCCGAACGCACUCUCGUUCAAUCCGCCGCACGCGUCAUGGCGGGUAUGGGCGUGACAUUUGAGAAAGUACGAGUUGAGCAAGAAGGUGGCGGUUAUGGUGGAUGGGCCUACAGAAUGGAACCACCAAUCGACUCGCUUGUCUCAUUCUCGAAAAUGCCCAGCGCAGCUUCCGGAGGUAACGCACCCGUUCGAUACGCCGUCCGCCAGGUCCUGGACCAAGAAUAUCGCAAGGAGACAAUGCGGAAGCAAUCCGAACAUUCUGUCAGUGGUAAAUACGCACUUGGCAAAACCCCUCAACCAGGCGAAGCCGCCAAAAAGUCUAUUAAAGAGGGUCUUGUUAAGCGGGACUUCUUUGGCCGGGUUCUUGAGACGCCCAGUCCCAGCGGCAAAGACGAGGAGUCUGGAGGGGAUCUGUCGGAUGAUACGUCGAAAGCUGGGAGGAAGGUUUGGGUUACGUAUCACGAAGGAUUCUCGAAUGCGGUUCGGAAGCCUAUCUCGAUGAGUGAGUUGAUGGCUGGACUGUGA